UCGUCGCUUUUAAACAAGCUAACUUCCUUGCUAACGUACGCAUGCUAGCGUCGGGUACACCAGCAUGCCAAAAGGGCGACAGUCCGUUCAAAUGAUGUUCAAAGGUGGAGAAAAAACAGAUCGUGUUAAUAUGUUUAAACGGUUAAAGUAACUCGUUGGUCUGGUAACGGGUUGCGACCUCUGCAUGUCUCGCCAAUUAGCGUUAAUUAUCUGGUUAACGCAAACAGUAUUAGCUAACCCAACGCUGGCUAAACUAACAUAUUAGUUUACUUUUCGUGUGAAGAGGCACCAUCGCCAUGGCAAGUGCGUCAAACACAAACCUGAACGCAGUCCGGGAGACAAUGGACGUGCUGUUGGAGAUCUCCAGAUUGCUGAACACAGGUUUGGACAUGGAGUCACUUUCCAUCUGUGUGCGACUGUGUGAGCAGGGCAUCAACCCAGAAGCACUGUCCUCUGUCAUUAAAGAACUCCGCAAAGCCUCUGACUCACUCAAGGCCUCUGAAAACUGCACUAACUGAAGAAGCUACCUGAUCAUUUCAGCUUGGGUCAGAAAUGGAUCACAUCCAGUUCUUGCUGAUUGGAGGGCUUGCCACUUUAUCAGAUUGCUCAUAUUACAUUGCCUCCUAAGUUCCUGGUGCCUCCCUUGCCACCUUCUAUGUGUUUUGUGCUCUCACUCGGACCUGAGUGUUUGUUUAUAAACAUGGUGGAUAUUGUUAUAUGUAAUGCGAGGCCUCUUGAACAUGGCACACAAAAACCCCUCUGUGGCUCUGCAUCCAUCCAUGGUUUUCUCUAAGUUUCCUCUGUCUUUGCCUACAAACUCUGUUGAGGAUUUUGAGAUCCUGCCCUUAUUUAACCGAAUCCUCCGUUUGGCUGAUAUUAUUACUCAACUUAUUUCACUUCUCAUGAUGAUGCCCAAUACAAUGGUUUUUUUUUAUUAUUUCUGUACAGUGUUGGAUCUUUAGAGUUUCCAGUGAUAUUUUAUGUCUUAUAAUUAGAUUUUUGAAUGCAUCAUGUGUUCUCCAAUUUGAUAAUUCCCAUUCUACCAUGUCCUCAGUCCCCCAUGACCAUCACUGACAAAUGUAUUCCAAAUUAAAAGGGAAUAAUCAA